CUUGUGGAAGCCAGUCAAGCUUUUGUCGUCGGUGAUCGAAGAAUAAUCUUACUGGACACACCCGGUUUCGAUAAUACUGCAAUGAUGCUAUCUGAUGGAGAUAUAUCGGAAGCAGUUGUGGAAUACAUGAAAGCGGGGAGGGGAGAUAGGAAGCUUUACGGUAUAAUAUACCUGCAAAAUGUCGAUGAAAGGAGGCCCAGAGAAGCCGAAACGUUACUAAAGCCUUUCGAAGAGCUCUGCGAUAAUGUUUCUCCCCGUCGUGUCGCCCUUGUUACAACCAUGUGGGAGUCGGAUCACUUAAGAGUAGGGGAGGCGAGGGAAAAAGAGCUAAAGGAACGCGAAGAGUUUUGGGCUCCUGCUCUGAAGCGGGGGGCAAAACUUCACAGACACGACGGCACAAAAGAAUCCGCUGAGAAUAUCCUCCUUUCCUUAUUCUCGACACAGGAUACCGCCCAGCCAACGCAAGAUUAUCGUUUGAUAGCGUGA